CAAAGUCCUGGCUAUGGCUGCAGCUACCAUAGUGCACGACACAUCUGAGGCCGUCGAGCUGUGCCCCAUGUACGGCCUGUACCUCAAGCCCAUCACGAAGAUGACCAUCAGCGUGGCCCUCCCGCAGCUGAAGCAGCCGGGGAAGUCCAUCUCCAACUGGGAGGUGAUGGAGAGGCUGAAGAGUAUGGUACACAGCCACCAGUUCUCCACCCUGCGCAUCUCCAAGAGCACCAUGGACUUCAUCCGCUUUGAGGGCGAGGUUGAGAACAAGAGCUUGGUCAAGUCGUUCCUGGCCUGCCUCGACGGCAAGACCAUCAAGCUCAGCGGCUUCUCCGACAUCCUGAAGGUGCGUGCGGCCGAGUUCAAGAUAGACUUCCCCACCCGCCACGACUGGGACUCCUUCUUCCGCGACGCCAAGGACAUGAACGAAACUCUGCCGGGGGAGAGGCCGGACACCAUCCACCUGGAGGGGCUGCCCUGCAAGUGGUUCGCCCUGAAGGAGUCGGGCUCAGAGAAGCCCAGUGAGGAGGUCCUUGUGAAGGUGUUUGAGAAGUUUGGGGAGAUACGGAACGUGGACAUCCCCAUGCUUGACCCCUACCGGGAAGAGAUGACGGGUCGGAACUUCCACACGUUCAGUUUCGGGGGACACUUGAACUUUGAGGCGUAUGUGCAGUAUCGCGAGUAUGUGGGCUUUAUCCAGGCCAUGAGUGCCUUGCGCGGCAUGAAGCUCAUGUUCAAGGGCGAGGACGGCAAGGCAGUGGCCUGCAACAUCAAGGUUUCUUUUGAUUCUACCAAACACCUGAGUGAUGCCUCAAUUAAGAAGCGGCAGCUCGAGAGGCAGAAGCUUCAGGAACUGGAGCAGCAGAGAGAAGAACAGAAGCGCAGAGAGAAGGAAGCGGAGGAGAGACAGCGCGCGGAGGAAAGGAAACAGAAAGAACUGGAAGAACUGGAGAGAGAACGGAAAAGAGAGGAGAAGCUUCGCAAAAGAGAGCAAAAACAGAGGGACCGUGAGUUCCGUCGGAAUCAGAAAAAGCUCGAGAAGCUACAAGCAGAAGAGCAGAAGAAGUUACAGGAGAAGAUAAAACUGGAGGAAAGGAAACUGCUGCUGGCCCAGAGGAACCUGCAGUCCAUCCGGCUGAUUGCAGAACUGCUGAGCAGAGCCAAGGCGGCGAAGCUGCAGGAGCAGGAGCAGCAGGAGGAGCAGCUGCGGCUGCAGCAGCUGGAGGACCGGCGGCGGCUGCAGGAGGCAGAGCUGCGGCGUGUGGAGGAGGAGAAGGAGCGUGCGCUGGGCCUGCAGAGGAAGGAGCGGGAGCUGCGCCAGCGCCUGCUGAGCAUCCUGCUGAGCAAGAAGCCGGAUGACGGCCGCGUGCACGACGAGCUUGGCGCCUCCCACGCCGCCCUCCUGCAGCCCGUGCUGGACAUCCUGCAGACCGUGUCGGCCGGCUGUGUCACUGCCACCAUGCUGCAGCCCCUCGCGGGCCAGCCCAGCCCCAGCGCCCUCAAGGAGACCUCAUCCCACCUGGAGGCCGACCAUGCUCCCAAAAAUGUGAAUGGGAGCAUGGCCGAGGAGAGCCAGGGCUCCUGCCACGCUGCCCCCGACAGUGGUUCACCUGAGAAGAGGUGCCCUGGCGUGCUUGCUUGCAUUCCCGACAACAACCAGCACCCCAAGGGCUUGCCUGCCUGCGACCAGAGCAUACUGAGGAAGGAUGCCCGGUCAGAACAGGACAAGUGCAACCGAGAGCCCAGCAAGGGCCGCGGCCGGGCCAGUGGGGAUUCGCUGGGCGAGGACCGGCACCAGCGGGAGAGGAGCCGGGCACGGCGGGCCAGCAGCAGGGAGGAGGGUCGGCCACGGAAGGAGCGGCGGCCCCACAAGAAGCACUCGCACAAGGAUGACAGCCCCCACCGGCGCAGCACUAGUGCCGACCACCCCCGGGUGCGCAGGUCCCACAGCAGAGACAGGUCCAGCAGGCGGGACAGGAGCCGCGAGCGGAGGGGCAGUGCUGGCCGGAAGCGCAGCCGCCACCGCCGCAGGAGCGACAGGACCCGCUCCCGGUCCGCCAGCAGGCACCGCAGUACCUGGAACAGGUAAUGUUGGCUGUGGCCUCCCAGCAGCAUGUCCGGGAACAAUCAGGACCAGUGCGAACUUCCCAGCCCCACGUCACCCGCUCUCCAUCCCCCUGCAAAGCCGCGUGUCUUGAGCAGCCGAGAAUGUCAGAGGAACCCACCCUGCCGAGGAGGGUUGCAUCCCAGGCCCGCUUUCUGUGAUGGUCGAUGGCAUCUUGGCACUUGAGUUCUGAACAUGUAGAUGUCCCUCACUAGCUUUAGUUCUUUACAGCUGUUGAUUCGAUAGCUUUAAAAUGGCCAGUUCUCUCUAAAUCAGCAAAAACGCACAGACCGACAGUUGUAUGAACGGCAGACCCGCCGUGGAAGGUGUGCAGGGUCGAAUUCCAUUGUCUUCUGGGCCACCCCACGUGCACCGCACAGGAACUGCACCUGACGCAGUGAACUGUCCGAAGUGUGGACAGCCGCAGGGACACUCGGGACUCUAACGUGGAAAAGCCUUGCCCUGGAGACAACUCCUCUUCUCUGUAAUUUAAACGCGCGCGGGAAGCACAGUUUGGACGGGAUGCUGAAGGAACACAAUGCUGGGGCACAUUGGGUCACUUCUGAAGAACGCUCAAGUCCUUUUUAGAUCAGAAGCUCGAAUGUGCUGUUUCAGGUGUGGGUGUGUGGGGGCGUGGUACACUGUGGUCUGAUGCUCCUUAACUUCAAAACAUUCACUUUUUACAACUUCAAGUCGUUGCGCAUAAAAAAGGGUUGGUUAAAAAGCUUUGGUUUCUGGUGAAAGGUUAGUGUGCGUGGUUUUUUUAAGAAGCCGUUUUGCUAAAUUAUUUUUACUUGGAAUGUUUCAAACAGAUUUAAGGCUGUGAACUUGUUAAAUUUUGUAACUGUUUGCUUCUCAAAGUGAAGCUCAGAAGUACUUAAAAAUAGCUGUAACGUUCACGUUGGGAAAGAUGGUGUUUAUUCCAGUUUGCAUUUUUAUGGUGAAAUAAAAUCCUUUUCCAAUGAAGUAAAAA